UUGUCCCGUGCAUCAUUAUAUUUUUAUUCUGCUGCCGGACUAUUAUACCAGUGGUUGAGCUAUGGACCUUAUAACUAUCAAUGUCCGGGGCACUAUAUUUAUGACAAAUGCGUCUAAUAUUCGUAACAUUCUGCUUACCUCCCCACUUCUCAACCUCAACGAACACUCGCAGUACUAUAAUCCUAAGCGACAGGAGUACUUUUUCGACAGAAAUGCUGCUGUGUUUGAGACAGUUCUUGAUUAUUUUGUCACCGAUAAACUUCACGUGCCGACGAAUGUUUGCGCUGAACGUGUUCGGGAGGAGUUAGCGUUCUGGGGAAUUCCUGACAGGCAUAUAGAGAAAUGUUGCUGGAAAACGUUUUUCCAGUCGACAGAGGAUAUGAACACUCUACAAAAGUUACUUAAAUACAUUCCCUGUGUCCAGAGGCGUGACCGAUGCUGCAGCUGGACACCAACGCCAAAGCGUUCACAGACAUACGAUAUGAGAUCCCGAAUGUGGUCAUUUCUUCACGAUUAUCAGUCUUCAACAUCAGCAAAGGUACACCACUCCCUGAUCUGUAUGACGAUCCUUAUCUCCACCAUCCUAAUGCUGCUGAAGACAGUCAAGUCUGUACGCUACGAAAAUCCGAUCCCACUCCAACUGGAAAACCAUACUUCUGAGGCCCUCCGCAUGUACUGGAAUACUUCUCCGCAUAUGUCUAUAGUCAUCCUGGAAGCGAUCACAAAUACCUUUCUGACCAUAGAAUGGAUGCUGAAAUUCGCUACGUGUCCAAACCGAACGUUUUUUAUGAAACAAUUUCUUAAUGUUACCGACCUAAUGGCAUGGCUUGGCACGUGGGUGACCCUUACCCUCGACAUCAAAUCAUGUGCCUUCUUCUUCUCUACCGGCCACCUGAUGCCGGUCAUCUUGCCAUUGUGUAUACUCACGGCCAGUCGAGGGUUCCGUGUGUUUCGGUUGAUAUCCGAUAAUUGUGGCGUGAAGAUUCUGGUAUUGUCGGUAUAUUCGAGUUUACGCGAGCUUUGUAUCCUUCUCAUGACCUUCUCGUGUGCCGCCAUUGUGUUCGCUAUCCUGUUAUACAGUGUUCAGUUACAGAGUAACUCCAGAAUGUCCCCAUCCGAUGCGGUCGUCGCCAUUUGGUGGGCAGUUAUCACCAUGACUACAGUCGGAUACGGAGAUUACUACCCGACAGAACCAUUAGGACACGUAGUCGGAGUGAUCUGUUCCAUCACAGGAAUCGUACUCAUUGCACUUCCGAUUGCUGUGACGUCCUCAACAUUUAGUGACUUUUAUAAUUUCAGUAAAUAUAGAGCGUGUUAUCAAGAGUUGCUUGAAAAGGACGGAGAAAAUGACAAGAAAACUGGCUACAAUAAUGAAGUCGUUCCUAUGUAAAUAAAUAGGAAACUAUAUGAGACAUACUUGUGUUCAGGUUUAUAACUGUUUCCUGUAUAAGGCAAGUGCCUGGUUAAAACUUUUGAAUCAGGUUGGUUUAAACUGCAUGUUUUGAUUUUGUUAAUUAUUUUGUAUAUCACAAUUAUGUUGCUACACGAAAGUAACAUUGUAUCAACUAACAGCUAAAAUAUUUCAUACGUUUGUAUAUAUUGCAGUCACUGAUUAUUAUCAUAAUAUAUAUAUCAAAAUAUUCAUCUAAUCAAAAUGAUAAUAAUAAACUAUAGAUGUGCAUGUGAUGUACUAAAACCGACCCCGAAUAACGACAUGAUAACGACAUUGUCAGAGAUCCUAUCAAAUACCGUGAUGAUUAGACCAGGUGUUCCGGAA